AUGAUUUCGCCGUGUCAUGCGCCCGCCGAAGCUGCAGAUGAUGCUGCAGAAGCUCCAACGGCUGCAGGUCCGGGUGACCGUCCAGGAGCGCCCGCCGAGGGCGGUGCCACCGGGAGGAGGCACUGGACAGUGCGGCUUCCCUGGGCGGAGGGGCCCAAGCUGGCACGCGCUGAGGCAGCGAGCCGCGAGCCGCUUCGCACGUCCCUGGUGGUGCUGCACGUCCCGACAGAGCAGUGCGAGCUGCACGUCUCGAACUUGACAACUGGGGGAUAUUUUCGGAGGGCCCGUUUCGAAGAUGAAUGCCCAAACUACUUCACCAAUCAUCUGAACUAUUCUGAACUCAAGGCAGCCGCCCGAGCACCGGAUUCCCCGCCGCCGCCGCCGUCAGCGCUCAGUGCUGUUCCACCGCAUUCGCUCCUGGUCUUGGCGCUGGCAGACCCUGCAGGGGUGCUGGGACAUGUCGUUCUGCCAGAUGGGCAGCCGCAGGUGAGACGAAGAUCCCGAGCCAUGAGCGAGUGGCAGGAAGCGCUAGCCACUGUCCAGGUGGCCUCAGCAAACGCCUUGGAAGUCCAGCUGAGCAAUUGGAAUUCACUGCUGCGCAGCGUCGCCCGGGCCCAGUGGCGCUGGGCCUCUCAGACCUUCCAGCAGUUGCAGAUCACGUGGGCCCGGCCGACGGUCGUCUCCUACAACUGCCUUCUGAAUAUUGAUGAAUGGCAGCAGCAGAUGGCCUGCUUGCAAGAAAUGCGGAGGAAGCGUUCUUCACCCAACUUGAUCACCUUGAAUUCAGCUUUGCGACGAGUACCGUGGCAUCGAGGGUCGGAGCUGCUAGAGGGAGCACUCCGAGGCUCGCAGCUGCAACCAGACCUCAUUACUUGCAGCACUUUGGCCUCCCAGCUCUCCAACGAAGAAACCUGGCGCCGUGCGAGCUCUCAGGUCUUGGAGAUGGCGCACAAGGGCUUUGAGCUGAGCAGCGUGACCUGCAAUGCCCUCGCGAACAGCAUCCAAGUUGGUCAUUGGGCGCUUUCGGAGUCUUUGCUUUGCAGACAGCAGCUUCGGCAACUGCAGCUGGAUGUGAUCUCCUUCGCGGUGUUCAUGUCCUCGGUCAAGGCGCAAGACCACUGGACCAUGGCGCAAGAGCUCCUGGCACGAACCAGGUGGAGCGGCAUCCGGGCAGAUCACGCUUUGGGCCAUCUCUUUCUCAGGAGCUUGGAGGACCGCUGGCACCAGGCGUUGGUCUUUCUCGAAGGUGGUGAACGGCCCAGGUCAAGUGGAGUCUCCCAUGCCUUAGCGCUCGCCACCUGCGCCUCUCCCGCCGCAUGGCCCUUCGCCACCGCUCUGCUGGACGCUUUCGCGCCGACGCGCCUGGCGCCGCAGCUGGGAGCCUUCACGAGCUUGCUCGGCGGCACUCCCAAGUGGCGAAUGGUCGGACAGCUUUGGAGCCAGAUGUGCCUGGCCUCGCUGGAGCCCACCGAGCAGACCUUGAAGCUGGCGGCCGGUGCACUGGAGCCACGCUGGCGCCAGGCGCAGGCCUUCGCCGAAGGACUCCUUUUUCAGCGCCGCGCCGGACGGUGCCUGUCGCUGGGCCCUUGGCGUCGGGCGCUGCUGGAAGUGGAGGAGCCUGCUGGGCGCCCUGGGCUUUUGACAGCAUGUGGGUGGUCUAUGGCCUUAGAGAUCCUGCAGGGAUCUGAGAUGAGUGUCGAGACCAUGUCCUACAACGCGGCCAUCACCGCCUGCGAGAAAUCCUCGCGCUGGUCGACUGCACAGCAGUUGCUGCGGCAUCUCCGACACCGCGCCGGUCGGCCGCGAGGCGCGAUGUCCGCCGCGGCCGGCGCGGCCGGUGCAGCCACCAGCACCUCCUUCAAUGCCGUGGCCAGUGCCUAUGGGCCACGAUGGACACAGACGCUGGAGCUUUUGCAGAUGUUUGGCCCGCGAGCGCUGGAAGUCUCAGCUGUGACCAUCUCGGUGGCCGUCAGCAGCUGCGCCAACGGCCGCGCAUGGCAGGCGGCCGCGGCGGCCGCGACGGUGGCGAACACCGCGGUGUUCAAUGCCGUGCUCAACGGUGCCUGUUCCGCACCUGAGCACCUUCACCACGGGCGCCGCGCGCCACGCGCCUGGCGUUGGGCCCUGAGCACCUUGACCGCCAUGGCCACCAGCCACGUCUCGCAGGACGUGAUUAGUCUCAACUCGGUCAUCAGCAGUUGCGAGAAGGGCAGUCGAUGGCAUGUGGUGAUCGCCCUGCUGGAGAGGAUGCAGGGCCAACGGAUUCCUCCCGAUCUGUUCUCUUUGAAUUCAGCACUUCAGAGCUGCCGACGUGUGCGGAGGUGGGAGGUGGUUCUCCAUCUCUUUGGGUUCAUGAAGAGUUUCAGCCUCCAGCCAGACGCCCUGUCGUGGGACUUCGCAGUCUCUGUGUGCGAAGACUGCGCCCGCUCGGCGGAAGGCACCGCACUGGUGGGGUCGCUCCUCUCGAGCUGCGAGUCGCUCAGGUUCAGCCGAGAAAAGGCGAUCGUCUCGAUCGUCGCCUCGAUCGUCUCGAUCAUGAAGCUCUCGUUGGUGGUCCCAACUGAGACGGGUGGCCAGAAUGAGAUUCUGGCAAAUCCUGUGAUGGCUCCGGCAGAUCAGGUCGCUAAGGCGAUGUCGGCGGACAAGGCCGCCAAGGAAGUCACACCCUUCUGGGGCCAUAUGCCUUUGAGCAAACUGAUGACUCCAACGGGAGCGCCUCUCGGGCGGCACCGAGGACUCCGAGCGCCGCGCCGAGCGGCCGACCGGCUCAAGAAGAAUCUACCGGUGAAGAACACGUUCAUUGAUCUUGACAUCGGUCGACCGCCAUCCCUCGAGGGCUUCUUCAACGAGAGGCAGAUCCGCUCGGCGCCCGGCAGUCAAAUUGAGGAAGCGGAAGAGCCUCCGAAGGAGGUCGGUGCUCCGCCAGUGCUGUGCUUGGCCACAGCGCUCUCGCUCACAGGGAGUCUCAAGAAACCGACCUACAGCUCGGGUGCAGAAGGGCAUGGGACACGAGAAUGUCACCCUUGUGCAUUCUACUGGAAGGAGAAGGGUUGCAGCAGCGGUGCCGAGUGCAACUUUUGCCAUCUCUGCGACCCAGGUGAGAAGAAGCGCCGGCAGAAAGAGAAGCGAAUGGUUUGGCGUAGCAUUGAUCGCAUGCGGCAAGCCUUCACCGGUGCGAUGGAGCCGAGGGUCGACUGA